CAACUUUAUGUUCCCACCUUUGUUGUAUCUCUGUUAUAAACUGGUCAGACUUCCACAGGCAGCUGGAGUUGAUCACAGAUCACCAUGCUUGUCUGGAUAGUGUUUGCCGCGGUGGGUCUUCUCGCCCUAUUUUUCCGCAAUCCGCACUUUUUCCGGGAUGUCCAAUUUGUGCGUAAAAAGUUGAAAACGAGGAGCCGCAUCCUGAAAUACAUGCAGACCAACUACUCCAUACUGGAUCGGUUCAUAGACGCAGAGAAGGAGCACCCACACAAGCCGUUCAUCCUGUUUGGAGAUGAGACCUUUACCUACCGGGACGCGGAGGAGCUCAGUAACAAGGCGGCCCGGGUGUUCCUGCAGAGCGGCCUGCUGAAGCAAGGAGACACGGUCGCGCUGUUCCUCGGAAAUGAGCCCGUGUUUCUGUGGCUGUGGCUGGGUUUGGUGAAGAUCGGAUGUUCCGCUGCUUUCCUCAACUGCAACAUCAGAUCCAAGUCCCUGUUACACUGCUUCAAGUGCAGCGGAGCCAGGACUCUGGUCGCUGCGGAAGAGUUACAGGAUGCUGUGGAUGAGGUCUUGCCCGCUCUGUUGGAGCAGCAGGUCACUGUGUUCAUCCUGACUGACAGAUGCCAGACUGCAGAUGUGAAGAGCUUCAAAGAUCAAAUGAGCCAGGCCUCCUCUGAGCCGCUGUCCAAGGAUUUAAGGUCACAUUUAACCCUGCGGAGUCCAGCAGCCUACAUUUACACAUCCGGGACAACAGGUUUCCCUAAAGCAGCUGUGAUCUCUCAUGCCAAACUGUGGCAAGUAGCCUGCAUCCCGUCUCUAGCAGGAAUGAACUCUGAUGAUGUGCUUUAUAUCAGCCUCCCUCUUUAUCACACCGCCGGCUUCCUUGGAUUUGCUUCAGCUAUUGACAGAGGUAUCACAGUGGCUUUGAGGAGUAAGUUCUCUGUGUCGCAGUUCUGGAACGACUGCAGGAAAUAUGACGUCACCGUCAUACAGUACAUAGGGGAAAUCAUGCGUUACUUGUGCAACACACCAAAGAAACCUAAUGAUCGAAGCCACAAAGUGAGACUUGCAGUAGGCAACGGGAUCAGAGCCGAUGUUUGGAGGGACUUCAUCAGCAGGUUUGGAAACGUUAAAAUCAGAGAGUUUUAUGGAGCGACUGAAGGGAAUUUUGGUCUGAUAAAUUACAGCGGCAAGAUCGGGGCUGUGGGCCGAGACUCCUUCCUCCAUAGGGUAAAUUCCCAGGUUUCAUUUCACAUUAUGAGGUUAAAGCUUUUAAUCAAUGAGCAAUGUUUUGGCUUUACUUUUCUUUCUUUUAUCUUGCAGAGAUACUUUCCACACGCUGUGAUCAGAUUCGACGUUGAAACAGAAACACCUCUGAGGGACUCCUCUGGUUUAUGCAUAGAGGCUGCCAAAGGUGAGCCUGGACUCUUGGUUUCUGAAAUAUCCUUGAUGGCUCCGUUCUCGGGGUAUAUGGGAGACCUGCAGCAGUCUGAGAAGAAGAGGCUGCAUGACGUCCUGAGGAAAGGAGACUUGUACUUCAACACUGGUGACCUGCUGCGCAUUGAGGAGGAUAACUUCAUCUACUUUCAGGAUCGAGUGGGAGACACUUUCAGAUGGAAAGGAGAGAACGUGGCUACAACUGAGGUGGCUGACGUGAUCACGAUGGUUGACUGCAUUAAAGAAGCCAACGUUUAUGGAGUGGAAGUGCCAGGUCAUGAGGGGAGAGCAGGAAUGGCUGCCAUUAACUUAACUGAAGGACUCAGAUUUGACUCGGCAGCUGUUUUCAAACAUGUUGAAAACUUCCUGCCGGCCUACGCAAGGCCACGAUUCCUGAGGAUUCAGAGCUCCUUGGAUGUUACAGGCACAUUUAAGCAUUUGAAGAUGAAGCUGGUGGCGGAGGGUUUCAACCCAAAUCAAAUCACCGACCCGCUCUACUUUCUGGAUGAAAAAGACAAGAGUUACGUCCCACUUACCGUGGACAAAUUUAACUUGAUCACAUCAGGCCAGAUCAAAAUGUAAAGUCUUCACCUGAUGCAUUGCCACAUAUCAGCCACCUCUGAUGUCCAGUGGAGUCUUGUGAUUUUAUCAUAUUGGUUAAAAUGUGUACUUCUACUUUUUCAGUAAUUUCAUAUGUUUAUUACUAUUUGACUUAAAACCUCCUGUAAAAAGCCUGUUUGAUUUGAGAUUAAAUGUUAUAGUUAUAGUUUCUACGCAAUGUUUGCGAUUGAUAAAAUACUAACUUGACGGGAAAAUGUGCGGUCCUCCACACAAACUCUAACCCAUGCGUACGCACUAAGC